AUAAUUUUCAAAUGUCGUUUUGCUUGCAGAAGCGGUGAAGGUUCCAAAGCUCCUCCUAAACCGAGGAGAAAUAGCGGAUGGGCAGAAGAUAAUUCGUCGUCCGGGCUGUUUCGCUUCAGACGGUCAUCUGCACGUCCCCCAAGCACCGUCCCGAUAGAAGCGCCAAAGUUGACAAGAAAUGAAACCGUUCUGGAAAGGGACGACUCCGACUCGGAGAUCCCAAGCAUACCCGACUUGGGAGAAGUUGAACGUGAUGACCUCACUACUCAGGUGGCCCAAGCUCCAAGUGUUCCUGUGAAUCAGGUCGACACCUUCCAGCAACUGGACAAUGAGCUGCUGAAGCAGGCAGCAUUCACAACACUUGAUGGCUGUGAUCUCAGACUGCUCACAAAGUACCUGACCCCCGAAGAAUACCUCAAGGAGCCAGACGCAGUGUGGACAUGGGACACGCUUUUCACUGAAGUGGCUGCCGAGAUCAACAAGUCAAGCGACAACAGCCGAGAACCUGACGAAAAGCAAAGCAUGCCAGUGUGAUCGCCUUUAUUCCUACACUCAGCUCCAUACAUAGCAGGCAAUGCUACAAAGGCUAGACACUUCUCUCGCGGCUCGCAUUAGCAACCAA